CACGAGCGCUGCCGUUUGCUACACUCAGCCUGAGCGAGUGCACAGAGCAAACCGAGCAAAAAUACAGACUUGACGUGCGAGAACUGGCGAGAACAAACAGCCCUGCUUUCAGAAAGCUGCGAAGCCACACGACAAAAGAACGAAAGGUGCAGCAAUGGCGACUUACACCAGGUCAGACAGUUGUCGGGUGUGUCCGUCAGCACGCGGUAACCGCUUCGACACGGCUCGCCGCAAGCGCGCGGCCCCCAACAUCUUCGAACACGUUAGUGAGGACGCGCUUACGCGGCUGUUCCGCAAGACGGGUGACGCGAAGGCCGAAGAGCGCGUGCGGAGCAUCUUCUCAUGUGCCAACGACCCAGACGAGACGGCGCGCGCCCUGAUGGCGCUUAAGCAACGGAAGAAAGACAAGUUCCUGCAGAUCGCACGCACACUCCGCGGCCUGCUGAAGCUGCGUUGAGGAUUCGCUAUAGCGGCUCCGGUAGAAGAGUCGCAGACGAGUGACGGUAGUUCGACAGCAGCACGAACGACUCCGAGUCGAUACUGUACGCAGAUGCUCAGGGACACGGAGGAGACAGACACUCACACACAGGCCGGCCAGAGGGAAAGUCAUGUGGCGCAGCGUAUGGCAAGCCAAAGGUCCAAAUCGCCACAAACAGACGGUUUUGAUGGCGUUUGUAGUGCCGGUGUCAUGCUGUGCUGUGAAGCACACAGACAAGCAGCAGCUCUGAGAUGAAGCUCAGCUGCAACACCCAUCGCAGAGGAACACAAACAUCUCAUGAACUUUUGCAAAGACUAAUAGACUUCAUGAGCAGUUACGAACUUCAGUGUUCUUGCACUACUAUUAUUAUUAUUAUUAUUAUUAUUAUUAUGACAACACUGUGAUAACUUUUGUUCAUGCAUUUGCACAUAAUUUGUAACUUCCACAAUAAAUUAUUAACUUUUUUUUUUUAAAUCAUUGUGUGAUUAUUCUAAUUCACUUCAGAAUUUAGCUUGUUGAAAUUAGAGUAAAUCAAAGCAUUUGAUCUUUCUUUUAGGUUUAUUAUUGUUUCAGCAUGUGCUAUAACACAGUAAACAAAUGGGAGGGGGACUCUUUAUAAGUUACAACUAACAACAUUUAACUACACUUAUUAAACUGUCCAAAAAAGUAAUAUUCAGCAUGUUAAUUUAUUAGCUAGAUGUCCCCCAAAAAUGUCAUUUCACACUUAAAUUGUGUAAAUGCAAAAUUCUCUCAUGGUCAUUAGUCAUGUAUGUUAUAAUGAAGGAAAUAAACAAAUCACAUUAAA